AUGAUGAGCUCUGAGGAUCAACUAAAGGUCUGCGGACUCUCCUUUUUGGAUUUUUCACCUUUGCAAGCCAACAUGACUAGAUUGUCUCCACAGCUAUUGACCUCAUCUAUAGCGUUGCUUUCUUGCUCUGCAUCUGGCUUUCCAAUGAGCAAGGCUAUAACAACCAGCGAUAGGCAAAUGAUUAAGAAUUCAGCCAAAGCCAUUUAUUAUGAUCCAGAAGUGGGCCCAACAACUGACUUGGAUCUGAAUUAUGGUCUGAUCUCGAGACCUGACCCAGGUGCUCAGGUUUUGGCCCGCCUACACCUGCUUUCCGCCAGACAUAGACUACUUGAAGCCGAACUGGUUCGGCGACAUGGAACUUUGGCGCGCCAUAUUGAGGAAAAGGGUCAAAGACAGGCUGGAAAAUUAGUCAUUAUUCAAUAA